AUGAAUGAAUUUCUCGAUAAAUAUGGAACCGAUACAACCACAAACUUUCAACUUAUGAGAUGGGCGAAUGAGUUAAAUAUAUCACCGUUUUAUUAUUGUAUGAGAGAUGAAAUAAAUAAUCUCAAAUAUAAGAAAGAAACUAAAAAACCUAACACUACAGCAUGGAUAAAUAAAGCAAAACCUUAUUUUGUGGAACAAAUUGGAGACACACCUCAAGGUGAUUUAGAUAUGAAUAAUUUUACCAUAACUAAUUUAAAGUUACCAGAAUAUGAUAAUGAUGCUGUUCACAAGAAAUAUUUAAUGGAUCAAUUAAAUUUAAUUGAAGUAAAUAAAGAACAUUUAAAAGAAAGAAUAAAUGAUGUGAAAAAAUUCUUCAAACGACAAAUGAAUAAUAAAGAUUUUAUUGAUGAUACUAAAUUACGACAAGAAGUAACAAGUUUGAAAAGUUUUAUUCAACAACAAUUACUUAAUGUAGUAGAUAAAACUCAAUUACAACCUUUAAGUUCAUUAAUAUCUAAUUUAGAUGAUAAGAUUACAAAACAAAAAGUAGAUCUUAAACAACUAAUAGUCAAUAUUAAUCCAGGUAUAAGUGAAGAUAAAUUAACAACAUUAGAAACUAAACUUAUUGAUAAUAGUGAAAUACAAAAACAAAUAGUUGGUAUUAAACAACAAUUACUUAAUGUAGUAGAUAAAACUCAAUUAGAAAAUUUAAAAUCAUUAAUAUCUAAAUUAGAUGAUAAGAUAACAAAACGUGUUAUUUUCAAAUAUUAUCAAGGCUGUUUCCAAUAA